AUGAAGGCGAUUCCGCAUGAUGAUAUGGUGAAAUUGCUGAAACUUUGUUCGGAAUGGCGCCAUAACCCAAAUUUGGUGAUGCAAUUUGGCAACGUGGAAGCUGAGAUUGAAUUCUUCGCUUCCCUCGUCAAAGCUGACGGUUGGCUGAAAGGAGAUCACAUUGAUUUGGGCUUGUAUCUCAUCCGGAAGCGACAACAACAGUUGGAGGAAGUAGAAAUAUCGGAUUGGACAACGACCGAUGUAUUUUUUAUGGAAAAAGAGCAAGUUGGGUGGAAAAUUAGAACCAGUUUAGUGAACGUUGUAAAUGGCAAGGUUCCGGCUUGUGGAUUGGAUUGGCAGAACACGUAUAAGGUGUAUGUACCUUGUAUGUUGCAAAAAUAUAAGCAUUGGGUGGCUCUAGAGAUUGAUCUGAUUCAGUGUGAAAUCAAAGUCUACGAUUCAAUGGUUUCACUCAUUCCAGAUCAGAGCUUAAAGGAAGAACUCGGCCCCCUGUCAAUUACGAUUCCAAAUCUUCUGCACACCCUCGACUUUUAUGAAGAAGGUGUUUACGCGAACGAGUGCACCCGAGAUUGGUGGUGUCCAUGGCCAAUACAUCGUGUGGAUGUUCCACAACAGGCUAAUCAAGGCGAUUGUGGUAUGUUCGUGUUGAAGUACAUUGAGCUGUUGAGUGCUGAGAUUUCCUUAGCUACUUGCACCUCGCAGAACAUGCCAUUUUUUCGGUUGAAGUUGGCUGCAGAAAUUGCACGGGGAGAUGCUUACAUGCCAUGA